AUGGCUGCAGCAGCGCCAAUAACCUUGAAGGAGGCCUUGCUGUUGCCCAAUCUUGGGAUCAACCAGCAGUUUAUCUCUUUCACCAAUGUCACCAUGGAGAGUGAUAAAUUCAUAUGCAUACGGGAGACGGGGGCAUCUAAUUCAGUCGUCAUCGUGGACCUAGCUGCACCUCUGACGCCGUUGAAACGGCCCAUCACUGCAGACUCGGCGUUGAUGAACCCGGCCUCCAAGGUCAUCGCAUUGAAGGCGACCGUAGCAGGAUCGACGGGGGACAGUCUGCAGAUCUUCAAUCUGGAGAUGAAGUCGAAGAUGAAGAGCUUCCAGAUUGCACAGCCAGUGGUCUUCUGGAAGUGGAUUACACCUUCAAAGCUGGGCCUGGUGACUGCAACCACCGUCUAUCAUUGGGACAUGAAUGGUCCUUCGGAUCCCGAGAAAGUUUUUGACAGGACGGCUAACCUUGAGAACACCCAGAUCAUCAACUACAGGGUCGACGCACAGGAGAAGUGGUGUGUGCUGAUUGGCAUUGCACCCGGCGCUCCCGAGAGGCCACAGCUGGUGAAGGGCUUCAUGCAGCUUUUCUCAGUGGACCAGAAGCGCAGCCAGGCACUGGAGGCGCAUGCAGCUGCAUUUUCGACCCUGAAGGCCCCUGGCUCUCAGACACCGAGCACUGUGAUCAGCUUUGCCCAGAAGACCUUCGCGAAUGGCGUCCUGACGUCAAAGCUGCACGUCAUCGAGCUGGGAGCAGCUCCUGGCACUGCUCCGCUGAAGAAGCAGGCCGAGCUGUUCUUCCCGCCGGAGUUUGCGGACGACUUCCCCGUGGCCAUGCAGAUCAGCGAGAAGUAUGGGCUGGUGUAUGUGAUCACCAAGCUGGGCCUGCUGUUUGUGUACGACCUGCAGACGGCCACCGCCGUGUACAGGAACCGCAUCUCUCCUGACCCCAUCUUCCUGACGGCUUCCUCAGCCUCCACCGGCGGUUUCUACGCCAUCAACAGGAGAGGGCAGGUCCUGCUGGCGACCGUGAAUGAGCAGACCAUGGUGCCCUUUGUGAGCCAGCAACUGAACAACCUGGAGCUGGCGCUGUCGCUGGCCAAGCGCGGCAACCUGCCGGGGGCGGAGGCGCUGGUGGGGCAGAACUUCGAGCGGCUCUUUGCCAACGGGCAAUUCAAGGAGGCUGCUGAAGCCGCUGCAGAGUCACCUCAGGGCGUGCUGCGCACAAAGGAGACCAUCGACCGCUUCAAGUCGGUGGCGCCGACGCCGGGGCAGACUUCGCCGCUGCUGGUGUACUUUGGCACGCUGCUGACGCGCGGCAAGCUGAACGUGUUUGAGAGCGCGGAGCUGGCGCAGCUUGUGCUCUCGCAGAACAAGAAGCACCUCCUGGACAACUGGCUCAAGGAGGACAAGCUGGAGCCCAGCGAGCAGUUGGGUGAUCUGCUGCGGAGGGCCGGCGACAACGAUGCAGCUCUGGCCGUGUACCAGAAAGCAAACGUGCCUGGCAAGGUCAUCGAGGGGCUUGCUGCCAAGGGUGACUUCGAGGCGUUGUCAAAGUUCAGCGCUGCGCAAGGCUACAAGCCGGACUACCUGUACUUGCUGCAGCGGCUGUGCAUGGACAGCCCAGAGGGCGCGGUCAACCUGGCCAAGACGGUAGCCAAGCAGCCGGGUCCGCCCAUCGAUCUCAACACCAUGGCAGAUCUGUUCCUGCAGCGCAACAUGGUCCGCGAGGCCACCGCCUUCCUGCUGGACGUCCUGCAGGACAACCUGCCCGAGCAUGACAAGCUGCAGACAAAGCUGCUGGAGAUCAAUCUGAUCCAGACGCCGCAAGUGGCGGACGCGAUUCUGGCGAACGGGGUGCUGACGCACUACGACCGCCCGCGCAUUGCGCAGCUGUGCGAGAAGGCUGGCCUGUACAUGCGCGCGCUGCAGCACUACACCGACCUCACCGAUAUCAAGCGCGUCAUCGUCAACACCCACGCCAUCGACCCCCAGCAGCUCGUUGAGUUCUUCGGCUCCCUCAGCGCCGAGUGGGCCCUCGACUGCCUCAAGGUCCUGCUGGAGACGAACACGGCGGGCAAUCUGCAGCUGGUGGUGCAAGUGGCCAAGGAGUACACGGAGCAGCUGGGGGCUGGCAAGAUCAUGGAGCUGCUGGAGAGCCACAAGAGCUACCACGGGCUGUACUACUACCUGGGCGGCCACAUCGCGUUCAGCGAGGACCCCGAGGUGCACUACAAGUACAUCGAGGCCGCCGCCAAGACGGGGCAGCUGAAGGAGGUGGAGCGCGUCACGCGCGAGUCCGCGCACUACCCGCCCGAGCGCGUCAAGCAGUUCCUCAUGGAGGCCAAGCUGCCAGACGCCAGGCCGCUGAUCAACGUGUGCGACCGCUUUGACAUGGUGACGGACCUGACGCACUACCUGUACUCCAACAACAUGCUGCGGUACAUCGAGGGGUAUGUGCAGAAGGUCAACCCGGCCAAGGCGCCCCAGGUGGUGGGCGGCCUCCUGGACGCCGAGGCCCCCGACGAGUUUGUCAACAACCUCAUCCUCUCCGUUCGCUCCCUCAUCCCCGUGGAGCAGCUCUGCGCAGAGGUGGAGAAGCGCAACCGGCUGAAGCUGCUGAACCCCUUCCUAGAGCACCUGGUGUCGGAGGGUUCCACGGACCCGGCGGUGCACAACGCGCUGGGCAAGAUCAUCGUGGACAGCAACAACAACCCCGAGCACUUCUUGACCACCAACCCCUACUACGACUCCGCCGUGGUCGGUAAGUACUGCGAGAAGCGCGACCCCAACCUGGCCUGCGUUGCCUACAAGCGCGGCUCCUGCGACGACGCGCUCGUCGACUGCACCAACCGCCACUCCCUCUUCAAGGUGCAGGCGCGCUACAUUGUCGAGCGCAUGGACUCCGACCUCUGGACCAAGGUCCUCGAUGAGGAGAACCCAUUCCGCCGCCAGCUCAUCGACCAGGUGGUGUCCACGGCGCUGCCGGAGUCCAAGAACCCGGAGCAGGUGUCCGUGGCGGUGAAGAGCUUCAUGCAGGCUGGCCUCCAGGCCGAGCUGAUCGAGCUGCUGGAGAAGAUCGUGCUGCAGAACUCCUCCUUCUCCAACAACCACAACCUGCAGAACCUGCUCAUCAUCACCGCCAUCAAGGCUGACAAGUCGCGCGUCAAGGAUUACAUCCACCGCCUGGACAACUUUGACGGCCCGGCCGUGGGUGAGAUCGCGGUGGGCUACGAAAUGUUUGAGGAGGCGUUUGAGAUCUACAAGAAGUUUGGGCUCAAGACCCAGGCCAUCAAGGUGCUCCUGGACCACCAGGAGGACCUCGAUCGCGCCCUGGAAUACGCCCUCAAGGUGGACGAGGCUGGUGUCUGGACGGAGCUGGGCCACGCGCAGCUGGAGGCGGGCGCCAUCAACGAUGCCAUCGGCUCCUACCUGCGCAGCGGCGACAGCAGCCGCUACAUGGACGUCAUCGCGCGCAGCCAGGAGGCCAACGCGCACGGCGACCUCGUCAAGUACCUGCUCAUGGUCCGCAAGAAGGUCAAGGAGAGCAAGGUGGACACAGAGCUGGUGUACGCGUACGCCAAGACGGAGGACAUGGGAGCGCUGGAGGAGUUCAUGUCGGGCACGCACCAGGCCAACCUGCAGUCCGUGGGCGACCGCGUCUUCGACGAGGGCAUGUUCGAGGCGGCGCGGGCCAUCUUUGCUCACAUCCCCAACUGGGGCCGCCUCGCCUCCACACUCGUGCGCCUGCACCAGUUCCAGCAGGCUGUGGAUGCCGCCAGGAAAGCCAACUCGCCCAAGACCUGGAAGGAGGUGUGCUAUGCGUGUGUGGAGGAGGGUGAGUUCCGGCUGGCGCAGCUGUGCGGCCUGAACAUCAUCGUGAACGCGGAUGACCUGGAGGAGGUGUCAGAGUUCUACCAGCGGAGAGGCUACUUUGAGGAGCUCAUCGCCCUGCUGGAGUCCGGCAUCGGCCUGGAGCGAGCCCACAUGGGCAUCUUCACAGAGCUGGGCAUCCUGUACGCCAAGUACAAGUCGGAGAAGCUGAUGGAGCACCUGAAGCUGUUUGCGGCGCGCCUCAACAUCCCGCGCCUCAUCCGUGUGUGCGAGGAGCAGCAGCACUGGCGCGAGCUGGUCUUCCUGUACGUGGCCUACGACGAGUACGACAACGCGGCGCUGGUCAUGAUGGCGCACUCGCCCACCGCCUGGGAGCAUGUCCAGUUCAAGGACGUCGCCGUCAAGGUGUCCAACGCGGAGGUGUACUACAAGGCCGUCUCCUUCUACCUGGAGCAGCACCCGGACCUCCUCGUCGACCUCCUCAAGGUGCUGGAGGCGCGCGUGGACCACGUGCGGGUGGUGGGCAUCCUGCGCAAGGCGGACCACCUGCCGCUGAUCAAGGAGUACCUGCUGGCGGUGCAGAAGGCCAACCUGGCGGCCGUCAACGAGGCCGUCAACGAGCUGCUGAUUGAGGAGGAGGACUUUGGCGGCCUGCGCGACAGCAUCACCACCUACGACAACUACGACCAGAUCAGCCUUGCCACGCGCCUCGAGCGCCACGACCUCACCGAGUUCCGCCGCAUCGCCGCCCACAUCUACAAAUCCAACCUGCGCUGGCGCAAGGCCGUCGCCCUCGCCAAGCAGGACAAGCUCUACAAGGAUGCGAUGGAGACGGCUGCGCAGUCCGGGGAUGCGGAGAUUGCGGAGGAGCUGCUCAAGUUCUUCGUGGAGCAGAAAGAGAGGGAGUGCUUUGCGGCCUGCCUCUUCACCUGCUACGACCUCAUCAAGCCAGACGUGGCUCUGGAGGUGGCCUGGAUGAACGGGCUCAUGGACUUUGUGUUCCCGUACCUGAUCCAGUUCCUGAAGGAGUACACGGGCAAGGUGGACCUGCUGUACACCGAGCGCAAGGAGCGCCAGUCGGCCGCGGUGGACGAGGAGUCGGCCAAGAAGCAGCAGGAGGCGCAGUCCAACGCCUACCUGCAGCUCAUGCCCCUCGCGCUGCCUGCGCCCCCGGUUGCGGGGGGCCCCGGCGGCGGGGGCUUCGGCGGCGCCCCGGCCGGCUUCGGUGGCGCGCCGGCCACCUUCGGCCAGCCGCCUGCAGACUUCGGCCCGCAGUUCUAG